AUGUCUCAUUUCUCUGAUCGUUGUAAAACAGAUCCUAAUGAUGAUGGUGAGAUUAAACACAAAAGUAGAUAGGUUUAACAAUUUAUCUAAAACUCAAAAGAAGAACAAUAAAAGCUUAUUAUCCUUUAUAAAAAAGACAUAGAUUUAUAAAGUUAGAAAAUAAAAGAAAAAAGAAUUCAAAAAAGAAAUUUCAAAAAAUAAAUUGCAAAAUCAUAGAGCUGUGGUAUUUAUAUGACAAACCUUAUUAGUGAGUCUUAGUCAUUAGCUGAUACUGAAGAUUAUCAAGAAUCACUAUAUGAAGACGCUUUAUUGGAGUUAGAUAACCAGAGAGAUGAUAAAAUAUAUAGAAUAGUUUAGCAUUAUAAUAAUUAAAUAAACAAUUUAAGAAUGAUUGAAUUUACAGAGGAAACUUUGUAACAAAUGUUUUUUUUUGAAAAAAAAAAUGGGAAGAAAUCGAAAAUAUACAAGGAUAAUAUGAACAAAUAAAGAUUAAUUAAAUUAAACAAUGAAUGUAUAUAAUUUUAAAAUGUGGUAGAUAUCAUAUAGUGUGCUUAAUCUUUUAUAAAUUUAAAUUAUACUUUAUUAAGAUUUAUGUUAAAUUUAUACUGGUCUCUCUAUACAUAGUUUUGA